GUGACGCACUUCCUGUUUGUUGUUGGAGAAAGGAGAAAGGAAAGCGCGAGGAGCCGCCGCCGUCACCAGCGCCGCCGCUCAGAAGCCGAAGAGACCGGGCUGCCGCCCCGCCGCCUUCCCGCCGCCGGCUCCGCGUGCUGGACUCGUUCCAGCAGCCUGUAAAACAUGGUGGAUUACUAUGAAGUUCUAGGCGUGCAGAGACAUGCCUCCGCCGAGGACAUUAAAAAGGCGUAUCGGAAACUGGCGUUGAAGUGGCACCCAGAUAAAAAUCCUGAGAAUAAAGAAGAAGCGGAGAGGAAAUUCAAACAAGUAGCCGAGGCGUACGAAGUGCUCUCCGAUGCUAAAAAACGGGACAUCUACGACAGAUACGGCAAAGAAGGAUUAAAUGGUGGAGGUGGAGGUGGAGGUGGAAUUAACUUCGACAACCCGUUCGAGUUCGGCUUCACAUUCCGGAACCCAGAUGAUGUGUUCAGGGAAUUUUUUGGUGGAAGGGACCCGUUUUCAUUCGACUUCUUUGGUGUCCUAGGGGACUUCCACUUUCAGGCGGUCAGGAUUUACACGCAGGAGGAGCUGCUGCACGGCUGCUGCAUGUUCGGAGUGACGCUGCGGCCUGCUGGCGAAGACCCAUUUGACGACUUCUUUGGGACUCGGCGGGGUCCGCGUGGGAGCAGGAACCGGGGAACCACCUCGUUCUUCUCCGCCUUCACGGGGUUCCCGGCUUUCGGCGGAGGGUUUCCGUCUUUUGAUACAGGAUUUACUUCCUUCGGGUCAAUAGGUCAUGGAGGUCUCACGUCAUUCUCUUCGACGUCAUUUGGUGGUAGUGGGAUGGGCAACUUCAAGUCCGUGUCGACUUCUACCAAAAUUGUUAAUGGAAGAAAAAUCACUACAAAGAGAAUUGUCGAGAACGGUCAAGAAAGAGUAGAAGUUGAAGAAGACGGCCAGUUAAAGUCCUUGACGAUAAAUGGUGUGGCCGACGAGGACGCCUUCCGGGAGGCCUGCCGGCUCCGAGGCCAGCACGCGCUGCCCGAGCAGCCCGCCAGCACCAGCGCCCGCCCUCUGAAGUCGCACAGGCCCACUCCACCACCCAAGCACGAGGACGAGGACGACCCGGGCCGCCAUCGGGCCGCCAGCCACUGGGACCCCUCCGCCUUCUCAGCAGCUUGCCGGCUCAUUUCUGACGUCACGCCCGUGUGUCCUUGCACAGCCCAAGAGCCAGCAAGUGGCCAGGAGACUGAGGGGUCGGGCUUUUGCGUGAGUCGCGCUCCCGCAGGACUCAAAGAAGGUGGCAAGAGGAAGAAGCAGAAGCACAGAGACGAGUCCAAGAAGAAGAAGUCGACCAAGGGGCAGCACUAGAGCGCCGGCCGCUGCGUCGCGCUGUGUGGUGUGUGCACGCGAUAGGUAGGGCGCCUGCUCCCCGCCCCGUCACCUCCUCACCCCGGGACGCGGACGGGCGGCUAGUCAGGCGGCGGGUGAUGAGCGGGCAGUGGCGUGAGCGCCCGCCCUGGCCGCAGCCCACCACUAAGAUAGCGAUUCCUGGGCAGCGGUCGGGCUCUCGCUUGUUCUUCUUGACGGUGCGGCCACCAUGCAAACCCCUGACGCAGCGCUAGCUUUAGGGGCGUGACGGAUAGAUAGGCAGCGGGUGGCUCCUCGUGGGGCCGGCGUUGGGAAUCGGAGGGUAGUGAGUGUGGGCGACUCCAGGUCACACACGUCACACCUGAGCGGGGCCGCAGGUGCUGCCUGCUGUCCCGGGGUCAGACCUCAGCACCUGUCGUGGCCCCGUUCCUGUCGGCCACGUCAUGGAGCUUGUAAACCUGACCUCCGAGUAGAACCGGCCGAUGUCAAGUGUGCUGUGAUUAGUGCUAGUCCUUCCUUUCCUCCCGACCCAUCACCGCUCCCCGAAGCUCGUGCAGGGGAUGCUACAGAGCUUUGCUCCGUAAACAGCCCGGGCUCCGAGUUGAGGGUGCGAGGAAGCAGACGGCUGCCUGGCACGCGGGCGCCAGCAGGCACGAGCUUGUUUUGUUUGUGGACACUGCGCUCCUGUGUGGCCAGCCUUGCCUCUGUGCUUUCUCUGCACCACCGCUGCCUAACGCUUUGCUCCCCGGCUGUGGUCGGGGCGCCCAGCUGCCCCCUGUGGCGAUGACACCUCCGCGAACACCAGAGCCUGCUGCCUUUUCCUCGCCCCCGUGGAAACAAGGGAAUUGUGAGAAGUGUGGAUGUGACGUAAAAAUGCCAGCAACUCAAACCCACGGCGCGGAGCCGGCGACUUGGGCUUGGCCUGUGCCGCCGUCUGGUGUGGCGUGUGGUUUGAUAUGGCGGCCACAGGGCGCUGCUCUUGUGUGGGUGGGGGCGUGGCUGCGGGCGGGGCCGGGUGUGCUGUGGGAACGGCCAGCACGGUGACCUGACCUGGGCGCCACCGCGGAAAUAAAGUUGUGAGCACCA